AUGGGCGACAUAACGCCCCAAGAAAACAACCAGAAUGACACCAUGAACACAUCUGAGAUCCAGCAAUUAAUCAACAAGUCCAUCGAAAAUCUCGAUGCGGAAUUGCGAGAUAUCAACCACAAGAUCCACUCGCACCCCGAACUCGGCUACUCCGAGCACCUCGCCCACGACAACAUCGUCGCCCUCCUCCAAUCCCAAUCCAUCCCCGUGACACCGCACGCCUACAACCUCCCAACCUCCUUCGAAGCCACCUACGGCCGCGGCGGCCGCCUCGCCGUCUUCAACGUCGAGUACGACGCCCUGCCCGGCAUCGGCCACGCUUGCGGGCACAACCUCAUCGCGACCGGCUCCCUGGCCGCCUUCUUCGGCGUCGUCGCCCUGCUCAAGAAGCACCAGCUGCCCGGCCGCGUGCGCGCGCUCGGCACGCCCGCCGAGGAGGGCGGCGGGGGCAAGAUCAAGCUGAUCGACGCCGGCGCCUACGCGGGCGUCGAUGCGUGCCUGAUGACGCAUCCCAUGUCCGGGCACAUGUUCCCCACGAAGGCGGCCGUCGCGGGCCUCGCGUACGGCACGUCGGUGGCCAGCGCGAAGUUCCGCGCCAUCUUCACGGGGCGGACGGCGCAUGCGGCGGCGAGUCCGCAGGAUGGGGUGAAUGCGUUGGACGCGGCGGUGUUGGCGUAUAGCGGGAUUAGCAUGCUGCGGCAGCAGAUCUUGCCGGCGCAGCGCAUCCAUGGGAUUAUUCUUGAGGACGGGGAGAAGGCGAAUGUGAUUCCGGCGAGGUCGCUUAUGGAUUAUAAUGUGAGGGGCGCGACGUUGAGGGAGACGAAGGUGUUGCAGGAGAGGGUGGUGAAUUGUUUCAAGGGGGCGGCGGUGGCGACGGGGUGUGAGGUUGAGUUUGAGGAGACGAAUAAUUACGCGGAAGUGGUGCCGAAUCGAGCUCUCUGCACUGCGUAUUCGAAGUUUAUGCUCGAACUUGGUGCACCGCAGCUGUGCGAAGCUGAUAAGGAGGGCAGCGAGCCGCAUCCGGGAUCUUACUCCACUGACCAAGGAAACGUUUCCCAAGUUUGUCCGGGGUUUCAUCCCGUCUACAACAUCCCAACAGACGACGGAGCGUCGAACCAUACAAAGGAAUUUACCAAGGCAGCCAUUUCCGACGAAGCGUACCGAUUAACGAUACAGACGGCUCAGGGGAUGGCGGCCACUGCUUGGAAAUUGCUGACUGAUGACAACUUUGCUGGAGACGUGAAAGCUGACUUUGAAAGGGAUCAAAAGCGAAGGGAGGGUUCUUAA